GCUUCAUCCAGGUUUGUUUCAGUUCCACGCGCAGUUCAACUGUGUCUACUUGUGCCAACGUUUGUCGUUGCUCGCGCCGUCGUUGAAAUCUCCGCGAACCUGCCACCUUUUCAUUUAGUUUUCCUCUAAGUGAUCGAACCUGUCACCGUCAUUUUCGUUCGCGUUCAUCAACGACAACCAGUUCCGAUUAUUUCCAAUUUAUACUAUCUCCUAAUGUUUUGAUUGCAACUCAAAGGUACUUAAAACUCUUUCUAAAUUUCUGUUAAAAAUUGCCGGAAACAAUCGAACGAAUCUCAACGUCUCAGCCAAUUCGAUCCGAUAGAUGAUAGGCACCGAGCCGUGUUUUCAUAGAAUCGUUUGAGUCGAGUGUAAACACUCGAUCGAAACCGUAGUGUUUUGAUCGAGGAAGGUGAGUCGCAAAAAGUGACCAGAACCUCCGCGGUUAUAUUCGCGGGAGAACCAGUUUUGAAGAAAAAAGAAAUGCGGUAACGAAAAACAAGGGAUAAUGUUGGACGCAAGCUACAAUAAGCACCCGGACACGUUGCCAGCCAAAGGUCUGCUAUGGAUCUGUCUGCUAGCAUGGACGGUUACGACGUGUCAUGGAGUAGACGUGAACUGUUGUACAAAGGGUUCCAAAUGGAUCCCCCACACGAUGAACUGUUCCGAUGGCAAGAAAGUUGAGCUCACAUGUCCGAUCGGUAGUUACUUGAUUGAUCCGAACACAUCCGUCGCAGACAAUUUCACUGUGAUCGAAGAAAACGGCGAGACCUGGCUUCUGUUCAACGAAUUCUUUUCGCAUAAGAUCGCUUCAAACGGGUUUUGCAUAGUGGACCGGGAAAAUGGUUCCCACGGCGCUUUAGUGUGCUUCGAAGGUGAAUAUUCCACCGAACAUACGACGAUAUGGCGAGAGACACUAUUUUGCAUUCUGGGUGUGAUAUCGGCGGUGUUUCUUAUCGCGACAUUGGCCGUGUACGUUCUGCUUCCGGAAUUAAGGGAGAUACAAGACAAAGCUAUGAUGGCCGUAGUCACAUCCUUGGCAGUAGGCUAUAUUGUGCUAUCUGUUCAAAACCUGAGACCGCAGGAGGAUGGCGAUCAUGGAAUAUGCAUUUCUUUAGGAUUCAUGUUGUACUUCUCGUUCGUAUCCGUUUUCUUCUGGCUGAACGUCGUGGCGUUCAACAUAUGGAGAACAGUCUGGUUCAAAAAUUUCACGAUUAGAGACAAACCGUUGUUCACGAUGUACUGCAUCUACGGAUGGGGCGGACCUCUCUGUUUUCUAGUGGCAACUCUAACUACCCAACACUUGGAGGGAAAGCACCUGAAACCAGGCUUUGGCGAGCGAAGCUGUUGGUUCAGCGGCACCGAGCAAAUGUGGGCGUACUUUUACGGGCCCAUCGGGAUCCUACUCACGCUGAACAUGAUAUAUCUGGGACUGACCGGCUGGCGGCUAUGGCAUCAAUAUUGCGAUUACAACGGAAACAAGUUGCGGGUACUCCGUUUCAAAUGCAUGCUCUACAUCAAGCUGAUCCUCGUGAUGGGCAUCACGUGGAUCUUCGAGGUGGUAUCCUAUGCCGAGGGAUCCAAAAACACCAUCUGGAUUCCCACGGACAUUCUGAAUGCGUUACAAGGGCUCAUAAUAUUCCUGUUGCUGGUGGCGACACGGAAACGCGUCAGGAAGCUGCUGGCAAGAAAGAAACCGUGCGGAAUCAUCUUUCCAAAAUCCUGGGCGGCCUACGAAGACGAGGAAUGCGAAGACGUGCUACCCGAGGAGAUCGAGUUAUCGCAGCAGGGCUAGCGCCACGGCGUGUGUUCAUUUAGGAAAGUAGAACUCGCUGAUAAACACAAACACGAAAACGUCUCUUCAAUGACUGCCGCUUCCAUUCUCGAGGGUACAGUAAAACCUCGGUGUACUUGAGCGCGAGCCGUGUUCAUCGCAUUCGCCAUGAAAUAGUUUAUGUAGCAACUUGUUAGAGUGUCUUCAUUCAGUUGAUUUUCUUUUGUUUCCGUAUCACAGCUAGAGAAUAUUUACUCUGCUUUAUAGACUGACGACAAUGCGUCACGGAUUGCGGACGAAGCUAUUUGAACAACCGAUGGUUCAUUUAUCGGUUUAUAAUCUAGUAGAGUCGCUCUAGGAGGAGCGACGAAUCAAUCGUUUCAGUGAAAUUUUGUAUGAUUUUUCCUUUGCUUGCGAUCCAAGUGGAACGUGACAAUUAAAGUUUGAUGUUAUUUUUAACGGUCAUUUUUUUUACAUGUGUGACUACAAUGAUUCGUCAGUACAAUGAUUUAUCACGUACAAUGAUAAAUCCGGUAGGGUGAUUCAUCUGGAAAAUAAACACUAACUAAAACAUUACUAAAUUUCAUUUGAACUUUGUAUUCUACAUAUCUCUUUGAGAUUUCUUAUACGUUGUAAAUAUAACAUAUAUACCCAACGUAGUUAUGCACUAUUUAGUAGGUGUUCGUUCGAACGUCCAUAUCAGGAUGCUUAUCCGAAUAAGUAGAAACAAUGAACGUGAGUAAAGUACUGAUACUCGACACAAGAGGACACAGACCCGACUACGUGAGUUUUCAAAACAAACAUGUUUAUACAUCGCGAUCAGAGUUCUUUGGAAAUCACUUCCAAGAAUUGAUAGGGACGGUAACAGUUGCUUAAGUGUGCGAAAAUGCGAGCAUCACUAUACAAUGUGGUAUUAUCAACUGAAACACAUCAGGGGGGAGAUCGAUAGUUGAUCAACUGAGAAUAAUCUCAUUAAUUGAUGCUCGAUCUUGAUAGAGAAGUUUUUCAUUCCCACUCUAGUCAAUUGUUUGGCAGAAGAAGUGUACGAAAUAGUUUCCCACACGAUCAUAGUUCAUUUUUCUCUUUUGAGUAAAGAACCGAGGUUCACGAACAGCAGUAAAGAAGAUGAAGAUGAUUUUAACACAGCAUCUACCUCAAUAAUUGAGCGCAUUUUGUCUCCAACUCUUCACAAUAAUCGAGGUUCUACUGUACGACUCAUAAAAGUUCCCAUUCUUAAAUGGCCAGUGGAAAUUUUCAGUUAUUCUCCAGAGUUUACAUAUAAUCGCUGAGAAACAAGUCGAAGAAAACCAUUAGCUGAAGCUAAUUAUAAUCGUAAUGACAAAAUAGAAUUUCUAUUUAAGUGACGCAUGCGCGGAAGCGGCAUCUUUCUUAGAAUUACACGAUAAUUGAAUACUCUCAUAAUUCGCCUAGUCUCUAACGUAAGUUGAAUCGUUGAACGAGGUACCGCGGGAUUUGUUGUCCGUAGUGUCUUACAAGUAACUAAUUGGUUAGACAGCAGAUCGUUAUUCAUUUGCGACUUCUUAUGAAUACCGUAAUGGUGCGUUCUUUUUUUAUCGACACAUGAAAUCUGAGGACAAUCGUUGUCGCGGGUUCGGUGACUUCGGUUGAAUUGCAAACAAAAAAUAUAUGUCGUUUAAAAUUUAUAAUUCGUUGCAUUCUCAAUAUUCGCAUGUACGACGAAUGCAUACAAUCUGCUGUCUACUGACUGCGUGCCGUUCAACUUUAAGAAUCUCUGUGUAUGCGUGUGUUAUUGGUUAAUGACAACGAAUACCGACAAGAUGAUAGUAGGUGACACGUCGUUUACCAAUGAUCGAUCGAGCGAUCGAUUCCACCGAAUUGCGUAUUAGCUAGAAAGGAUUUGCCGUUCAAAUCGUUCUCGUGUUUCGAUGCGUCGCGUAUUCGAUCGACUCAUCGCGAUGAAUCCGCGUGAAUCGUUGUCUUCCCCAGGAAGACACGUACGUGAACUACGUGAACUUUCAUUCUAGUCGAAUGACGCGACGUCAAUCUGUCGUAGCGAUUGACGUCUUUUCGCCAUAAAAAUGCGACCGGCGACGAAACUGCAGUUUCUCGACAUGCAACUCUGCACUGGGAACGAAUACUUAUUCCCGUUUUAACAAGAUCGCUGGCCAUUGUCUUUUGGCAAUGAUUCUCGGCGUUUCUGAAACUUGCUUUAAAAAUUUUCAACACUCGUGAAAAAAUGGAGCGUAAUGGAUCUUUUUAAUCUCGGCCAGAAGUGCUUGUGUUUGUACAUUCACUGGAGAUAGUUCAUUUAAUCAAGUUUUUAUAAAAGAAAAUAUGUCAACGACAAGUUAAAUAACGCUAGUUAUUUAUACAUAAUAAGCUGAAAUGUAGGUAUGUUCUGUUACCGACUAAGAUCAAAACCUAGUUAAUUAUUGCAGUGUUUCCAAGCCACAGUUUCUUACGAAACAGUUGACCUGAAAUUCAGAUUUCAACUCGCGUUAAGAAAUGUACACCAUUAAUUGAUAUUUAAGUUUAUACAUACUUAUAUAGACGUAAUGCCAAACUAUCUAAUUUAAUCUAUCGAUAUGUAGGACAAAAAUUAAGUUUUCUCUGUAAGAACAACAAUAAUUCACAAUUUUGUUAAUUAUUAAUUUAGAAAUAAUUUUCGCAACAGGAUUAUUUCAGCAUCGAACACAAAUUAAAUGAACGUGGUAAUUUUGUAACCAUAUUGCAAUUAUUCGCAAAUAAAUAUCCAUUCCGAAUUAAAUUUUCAAGGAAACUGUA